ACAUUUGUUUUAAUGAAGCUGUCAUAAAUUAUCAAAAUGUUCAGUUGGUUGAAUCAAAAAGCGGAGGUCGUGCACGAGUGCUACGAGAACGUGGCCGAGGGUUUAAAGAGCAUCUACAAGAACAAGAUGCUGCCUCUGGAGCAGCACUACCUCUUCGAGGAGUUUCAUUCCCCGCCUCUCAACGACCCCGAUUUUGAGUCCAAACCGCUGAUUUUGCUCGUGGGUCAAUAUUCCACCGGCAAAACGACGUUUAUAAAAUAUCUCCUAGAGAGAGAUUUCCCCGGGAUGCGAAUAGGGCCGGAACCAACAACCGACAGAUUUAUAGCCGUGAUGUACGGCGAGAAAGAAGGUGUAAUACCGGGGAAUGCCCUUGUUGUCGACCCCAAGAAACAAUUCCGGCCCCUCUCCGCCUUUGGAAAUUCUUUCCUAAACAGAUUUCAGUGCUCGCUCGUGAAUUCUCCCGUGCUCAAAGGCAUGUCCAUUAUUGAUACCCCGGGGAUCCUCGCAGGUGAGAAGCAACGUAUCGAUCGCGGGUACGACUUCACCGGCGUGCUGGAAUGGUUUGCGGAGCGAGUGGACCGCAUUAUCCUUCUUUUCGACGCCCACAAGCUGGACAUUUCGGACGAAUUCCGGCGCUCCAUCGAGGCGCUUCGCGGCCACGACGACAAGAUCCGAAUCGUUCUGAACAAAGCGGACAUGAUCGACCAUCAGCAGCUGAUGAGGGUUUACGGCGCCUUGAUGUGGUCGUUAGGCAAAGUGCUCCAGAUGCCGGAAGUCGUGCGCGUGUACAUCGGCUCGUUCUGGGACCAGCCCUUGCGCUACGACGUCAACCGCCGCCUCUUCGAAGACGAGGCCCAAGACCUCUUCAAGGACCUGCAAAGCCUGCCCAAGAACUCGGCGCUCCGCAAACUCAACGACCUCAUCAAACGCGCCCGCUUGGCCAAAGUGCACGCCUACAUCAUCGCCGAGCUGCGCAAGGAAAUGCCCAACGUCUUCGGCAAAGACAGCAAGAAGAAGGACCUCGUCAAGAACCUGCACGAGAUUUAUGUCAAGAUCCAGAAAGAGCACAACAUCUCGGCCGGAGAUUUCCCAGACAUUCAGAAGAUGAGGGACGCGCUCGCCCGACACGACUUCACCAAGUUUCAUUCGCUCAAGCCCAAGCUUCUGGACGUGGUGGAGCAAAUGCUGAGCGAUGAUAUCGCACAGCUUAUGUCAAUGAUUUCGCACGAAGUGAACGAAAUCAACAAAAGCGAUGUCACAGGGGGAGCGUUUGAGAAUAUAGGUGAUCACAGCUCGCCCUUUGGCUACAAGAGGGGCGAAGGUGUUAACGCCGGAAUGGGCGAACCCGACUGGAUCGUCAAUAAAGAAAGGGCCACUUUUGACGCGAUUUUCGACCAACUUUCGCCCAAUGGCACGAAAAUAUCAGGUUCCACAGCGAAAAUCGAACUGGUCAAGUCGAAACUACCAAAUUCCGUUUUGUCCAAAAUUUGGAAACUGGCUGAUGUUGACAAGGACGGGUUUUUGGACCGCGACGAGUUCGCCUUAGCCAUGCAUUUGAUCAAUGUGAAGGUGGAAGGCAACGAUUUGCCCGAUGUCCUGCCCCCGCAUCUGAAGCCACCACUCAAAAAAAUGUACCCCUGAUAGUGUUAAGUGUUUAUGUCCCUAAUUAAAAUUUAUUUCAAAACUGCAA